CGGGGCGGGGGAGCCGGAGCUGCGCGAGUGCCGUGGCUCGGAGUGCGAGGACUGGCGAGGGGGCGAGGCGGCUCUUUGUCCUGCCAAGGGAGGAACAGGAGGCAGCUCCUUCGCGGAACCAGGUUCUAUGGACUGUCAUUCAGAGGAACCCUAAUGGAUGUCUCUUGCAUUUUUUAAAACCCAUCUCUCUUUUCGUGGGGGAUUCUUGAAUCAACACUGUCCCUAUAAUGACUGAAACGUCUGAAGGAUGUGAUUGACAAGAGGCUUGUGCAGUCUGCAAAGGAUUCCCCCCCCCACUGAUCAGUUUUGUACCUUGACUCCCCCAAAGAGAAGCAUGCUCAGUGGCCCACACGGUUAGAGAAGAGUUGCCUCUCACUUGGGCGGUGAGAGAACUUGCGUUUUGAAGUCUGAAGAUGAGUGCCCCGCUGGUUCCCAAUAAGUCAUGUUACAAUUUAUUGCAGGACAACAGAAAUGAGAUGAAGAAUAACAAUGAACGUAUGGUGACUGUUGGAGACACGAAUGCCAACCAAAUCACACCAGAGGUUAGAACCUCUCGAGGGGAGUUAAGGACAAAUGAUCUGUCAGGAGAAACUAGAUGCCGGAAUACAGGUGAGACAGAAAAUAACACACAGUUAGAUUCAGAGAGGAACAGAUUUCAGGGCACUACUACUGGCCUAUCAGAGUUUAGGCUGCAUUCCACCAACAGCAGGGAAUUGCAUAAGGAUUACAGGACUGAUGGGCUGAAGGACACUUCAAAACUACUCCCUAUUAGCCGGGGACAUAGUUUGUCCAAUCUGAGGAUUAAUACAAAUGAGACCUUUUCAGUGGUUCUUUCAAAAAGCGAUGCUGAUCUCAUUCAGCACGUCUCAAAGGAAAGAGCACCUAGAACGAUUGAGCCAGAAGGGAUAAAGCGCCUUUCCUUGGGGAGAUCAAGGAAACUGAUGGCUAAAACAGAAGCUUUUGGGAAAGAAUUUGUAGGUCGCGUAUCAGGCAAGCGGUUGCUUUCCGCAUCCUUGGAUUCCAUUGACACCUCUCACCAUUUGAUUGGGGACACUGAGAGAUCUCGGAAAACAUCCACAGACCACUUUUUAGGCGUGGUGUUUUGUCCAACUGAUAGCGCCUCCGAGGGAAACAUUGUCCGUUAUUCUAAGCCACCAUCUACCUCAGAAACUAAGAAAACACAUGUUGCAGCAACACAACCAGGUGCGGACAACCUUGCAAAUUUCAACAAACAAAGCACACCACACCCUGCUCACAUAGAUCUACAUUUAACUGUAAAAUCCACUGAAAUUUGGAGUAGAUCAGAAGCACAAGUAGACCACCAGGGUGAUAAGAGAGGAAAGGCGGAGUUGAAAAGCCCUCUGUAUUCUCAGUCUAAGGGUAUGUGUCAGCAAAAAAUCGACAGGAGUACACCAGUUGAAUUUCUUGGAUAUCAGAUGGAGGAAAAUAAUGUUGCAGGGCAGAAUAAAAAGGAUUAUGGGUCUGAAGUAUACAAGGAGAAAUCACAUCAGUUGCAGGAAGCUUGUCGCAAAGGAGAGAAUCCAUAUUUAAAUGAGGACUUUGACUCUGCCAGUGACAGACUGGUAAGUAAUAGUAAUAACUCCCCAGGUUUAAGAAAGGGAGGUAGUCUUAGUGACAGCAGGUUGAUGAACCAAGUGAGUGAGUGUAUAGGUGAAAAAGAAGAGGACAGCAAACAUAGUGGCAAGCUGACACCUACAAGAAAUAAAAACCUACACGAUACUGAUGCAAGUUGCAUUCAAGCAGCUGGUGGGCAUAUGCCUUUUAUGCAUAACACAAAUCUGCCAGACUGGAAACUUCUAAACAGUAAUGAAAGCAAACUAGUCAAAGGGAAUAGUGAUGUUGCGAUGAUCACCUCUGAUCAACCAAACGCGUUUAGUGCAGAGAAUGCGUCAGAUAAUCAUUCUGACAUCCAGGGCUGUGGUUUAGAUGCUACAAGUGUUUCAGUUCUGACCAAGAAGACGGUCAUUAUAAAGAGAAAUCUUUCAAGCGACACACCGGAGAGCUGUAAAAUAUCAGGAAGAACGGAUACCUUUUUAUGUGCCCCGACGCCUUUGCGCCCUGUGGCGGCUGUGAAUGUCAGUAAUCACACCACAGCAUCAAGCAGUGGCUUGAAGGAUCUCUAUACACUUCAUGUUGACAAGCUGCCAUCCUCUGCGGUCCUACCUCCCAUUGACGACACACAGUUGCUAAGGCUAUCCCCUAAAGUGCCUAACAAGACUCCCUGUAACAGUGGCAUCCCCAAACCCAUCCUCAUCCAUGCUAAGGGCUCCCAUCUGGCCAAGGACGAUGGGGAGAGCAACGGCAUAGAGAAGCCAGAAGACAAGCCUGAGAUAAAACCAGACAUCCCCAAGCCCAAACAUGUGAGGCCUAAGAUCAUCACUUACAUCAGAAGAAAUCCCCAGGCAAUAAGCCACCUUGACCACGCAUUUGCCCCAGCUGGAUUACCCUAUGUGGCACCUCCUUGCAGCAUGCCAAUGGCCACAGAGCAGAAGGCUUUGAGCGAUGGAGAUAUUAAACCAGGCACCGUUCUCUAUGACAAGUUUAAACCUGACUUGCAGAAGCCUCGGAUUUACAGUUCUGGACUCGUGGUGUCUGGCAUUAAAUCCCCAAGCCAUCAUUUUGGUCAAAUGGGUGAAAAAUUUAUCCAGGAGGUUGGGGAAAGACCUGUGAAAGGAGAAUUUUGUCCUCCACCAUACACUCACUAUGAGGUGCCUCCAAGCUUUUAUCGCUCUGCAAUGAUACUUAAGCCUCAGUUAGGACUGGGAGCAGUUUCCAGAUUACCGUCUGCAAAAAGCAGGAUUUUGAUUACAAGCCAGAGGUCUUCAGCAAGCUGCAUCCAUCCUCAAGGGCCAAUAGCCAGUUCUCCUCCGCUUUUCCAUCCAGAUAAUUCAGGUAUCUAUCUUCACUGUCUGACUUUUUAUUACAGUGUUGAUCUCAAAAAGGGCCCGAAUCCAAACGCUACGAAAUCAAACCUUCCAAAGCCAUGUCAGUCUGGACUUCGCCCUCCUGGUUAUUCCCGCUUGCCGGCCGCUAAACUAGCAGCCUUUGGCUUUGUCAGGAGCUCCAGUGUCUCGUCAGUCUCAAGCAACCAAUCGAAUGACAGCGUCCAGAGUGAUCAAAGCAGGACAGCCAAUCAAAAUCUUAAUCUUAAUAUUCAGCGCACUAGUCAUUCUAACGCCUUCACCUCUGAGUUGCUAAUGGCACCGUUAUUUAAAAUUUGGGGAUAG